AAAGAAAUUCACAACACAAACACAUCCUCAAAACACAAAUACUUUCAACAAGACAAACUCCAAAUACAAAAUACAAACCUUAAAAAAUUUGUUGGUCAAACCAACAACACGACCUCUUCUUCUUUGAUCAUCUAAUCAACCCAACAACAAUAAAACACUCUUAAAGGUGGUAGGUAUAUAUGCGUAUAUAUACAUGGAGUCGGGACAUCAUACAUCUUUUGAUAAAGCUUCCUCCGCAGCUACGCAACAUUUGGGCUUUAUAGAUAGACUGUCUACAAAGUCUCAUAAUCAACCCGAAAGUGAACCGGGUCAUGAUGUUGCAGCAGAUAUAGAUGUAGACUUGAGAGAAAUAUACUUUUUAGUGAUGCAUUUUCUAUCUGCCAGCCCAUGUGAAAAGACUUUUACACAAUUCUGUAAUGAACUUAUGGAAUAUCAGCUUUUACCAAAGAGAUACCAUGCAUGGUACUCAAGGUACGGUACAGCUUCAGAAGAGGAAACUGGUGAUGGUGUUUCUUUCCCUUUAAGCUAUGAAAGCGUUACACAAAGGUAUUCUCAUAUUGAAAAGGACCACUUGGUAAAAUUGCUGAAACAAUUAAUACUGCACGUGGCUCCGUCAAGGGGUAUAUUUGGAAGAACACCUCCUACUGCUGCUGAUGUUCCUACUCUUCUUGGAAUUGGCCCGUUUUCACUCCUUGGAUCGACCCAAAAUGAAACGGUGCCACCUGUUAAGGCUCUGCCAGCAUAUCUUCGUUGGCCUCACAUGCAGGCUGAUCAGGUUCACGGGAUUGGGUUGAGGGAAAUUGGAGGUGGUUUUCCAAAACACCAUCGCGCGCCAUCCAUUCGGUUUGCAUGUUAUGCUAUAGCUAAACCGUCAACCAUGGUGCAAAAGAUGCAAAAUAUAAAGAAGUUAAGAGGACACCGAGAUGCCGUUUACUGUGCAAUAUUCGAUCGGAGUGGGAGAUAUGUGAUUACUGGAUCAGAUGAUCGUUUGGUGAAAAUUUGGUCGAUGGAAACUGCGUUUUGCCUUGCCAGUUGUAGAGGACAUGAGGGUGACAUUACCGACUUAGCUGUAAAUAUAAAUAAUAGCGUAGUGGCAUCUGCAUCAAAUGAUUAUAAUAUUCGUGUUUGGCAUUUGCCCAACGGAAAGCCUCUUUCAGUUUUGAGAGGACAUACCGCUGCCGUUACUGCCAUUGCAUUUAGUCCAAGACACCCAUUCCAGCUUUUAUCGUCAUCUGAUGAUGGGACUUGUAGGAUCUGGGAAGCUAGGUCUUCCCAGUGUCGUGAACACGUUUAUGUUCCGAGGCAGACCCAAGAUGUUGCUGGGAGUAACAAUGGUCCUUCAUCAGGUGCUAAUCCUCAAAGCAAUCAAAUACUAUGCUGUGCUUAUAAUGCUAAUGGAUCAAUUUUUGUUACUGGUAGCUCUGAUACAUUUGCUAGGGUUUGGGUUGCUUGUAAACCAAAUACAGACGCUUCACAGCAACCAAUACAUGAAUUUGAUGUAUUGGCGGGUCAUGAGAAUGAUGUGAAUUACGUACAAUUCAGGUUAGUUUGUACCCAUAUUGUCAAUAUGUCUCGGAUAAUAUAUUCACGUGGUUCGUUCUGCAGUGGUUGUGCCGUGGCUUCAAGGUCUUCAACUUCAGAUACCGUGACAGAUGAGAAAGUACCAAAAUUUAAAACUUCAUGGUUUAGCCAUGAUUACAUUGUUACGUGUUCCCGUGAUGGCAGUGCAAUUAUUUGGAUUCCAAAACGCAAAUCUCACGGAAGAAGUGGACGGUGGACACGGGCAUAUCAUCUCAAAGUCCCUCCACCACCAAUGCCACCUCAGCCACGCCGUGGAGGUCCACGGCAGAGAUUUCUUCCAACCCCGCGUGGGGUCAAUAUGAUUGUAUGGAGUCUUGAUGAUCGUUUUGUGCUUGCUGCCAUCAUGGAUUGCAGGAUAUGUGUUUGGAAUGCUAGUGAUGGUCGCUUGGUACAUUCCUUGACUGGCCAUAGUGAAUCUACCUAUGUUUUGGAUGUUCAUCCUUUUAAUCCCCGUAUUGCAAUGAGUUCUGGGUACGACGGGAAGACGAUAAUUUGGGAUAUUUGGGAAGGCGUACCAAUCCGCAUAUAUGAAAUUGGACGUUUUAAAUUGGUUGAUGGAAAAUUUUCACCGGAUGGGACAUCUGUUGUACUCUCAGAUGAUGUUGGGCAAAUCUACUUGCUGAAUACAGGGCAGGGUGAGUCCCAAAAGGAUUCAAUGUAUGACCAGUUUUUCCUUGGUGAUUACCGGCCUCUUGCAAGGGACGCUCAUGGAAAUGCCAUUGAUCAGGAGACUCAACUUCAGCCCUACCAAAGGAAUAUGCAAGAUGCUCUUUGCGACUCAAGCAUGCUUCCAUAUCCUGAACCAUAUCAGAGUAAUUACCAGAGACGUCGGUUGGGUGCAUUGAAUAUGGAGUGGCGACCUCCAUCUCGAAAUUUUGCUAUUGGCACAGAUAUUGGGUUGGGUCAAGAAUAUCAAAUGUUACCUUUGGCUGACUUAGAUGUAGUUGCUGAGCCGCUACCAGAGUUCCUAGAUGCCAUGUUCUGGGAGCCAGAAAAUGAUGUCAUCAUUGACAGUACUGAUUCAGAGUACAAUGUUACUGAUGAUGAUUCUAGUGGAGAUGAGCAAGCAAGUUUAGGUAAAAGCUCUGUUGAUGCAGCAGAAAGCAGUGGUGGAAAUAAUAUUGAUGACAGGAGCCGGAGAUGGUUAAAAAGAAAGAAACUGAAGGACUUAGAAUGGGAGUCUUCGUCUGGACGGCGUGUUAAAACAAGGAACUCUGACGAUCAUGAAGGGACAUCAUCCAGAUGUAAAGGAUCGAAGAAAUCAAAAAACAACCGUAACUCGAAGGCUACACCAUCUAGACCUCAGCGUACUGCUGCAAGGAAUGGUAAAAAGUUAUCAUCACAAGAUUUUGGAAGUGAGAAGGAUGACGAUGACUUGUCAGAAGAUGAUUCGUCAGAAAGUGAGCCGUGUGUUGAAGAGGAGGACAAACCAACAGUUCUGAUUGGAGUCUCGUCAACUGUGAAUGCAGCACCACCACCUGAAUCGAGACAUAAAUUAGUAUUGAAGCUCCCAAUCACAAAAAAAUCACCAGUUUUUGAAACUAUCCCUAUUCAAUGUCAUGACCCUUCAACAUCUUUGAGACACAAAGAAGAAAACUCGAAACAUGUUAGUGGGGACCAUGAGACAACGGCAAAUAUGGAAGAGAAUGGUAGAACAGAAGAUCGCAAGCCUACCAAAAUCAUAUUUAAAUCAAAGACGGGGCUCAAUUCUGAUGCAAAAUCGUUGGGAGAGUGCUCUCAAACAAACAACGAGGCAGAUGAUACUGUAUCUCAAAAGAAAAACCUUAUCAAGUUAAAGUUGAGUAAUCCGAAGGCGAAAAAUAAUGAUAAUUUGACCGAAGUUGAUUCAUCUGAGGAUGCAAUUCCUAGAAUAAAACCAUUGAGAAUCAAACUUGGUUUUCGUGAAUCAGAUGAUGCACCUCAAAAUCACAAUAAUGAAGCGCAUAUGAUCCCGUACGAUAGUUCUAUGAAUGGUGCUUCCGGAAGCAAGAUAAAUGGUCAAUGUAGCAAAACCAAUUGGCUUUUGUUGGCAGAUCAAGAUGAGGGGUGUCGUUACAUCCCUCAGUUAGGUGAUGAGGUAGCAUACCUAAGACAGGGUCAUCAAGAGUACUCAGAAUUACAAGCCUUGACUGAACAUGUGCCAUGGAUUCAAUUUGGGGAAAAGAUAAGAGACGUGGAAAUUUGUUCUGUAGAUGCCGUAAAUUAUGUUCAACUUGUAGGUUCAGGGGAGAGUGGUUGUAAAAUUAAGCUUAGAUUUAUUGAUCCUUCUUCUAAAGUGAAAGAUAAGACAUUUCAGUUAACGUUACCAGAGUUGGUUAACUUUCCUGAUUUCUUAGUUGAGAGAACAUGUUAUGAAGCUUCACUCGAAAGAAACUGGCAUCCAGGAGAUAGAUGCUCGGUAUGGUGGCGAGAUCAAGGGGGCGGUGGGCAGUUGUGGGAGGGUGUGGUUGUUUCAAUCAGUGAUAAAUCACCUGACUUUCCGGGUAGCCCAUGGGAGAAAUUUUCCGUUACGUAUUCAGGUGAUGAGGUUGAGCUGACUCGUCACAGUCCUUGGGAAUUACUUGAUAAAGAUAUCCGGGGGGAGCAGCCUGGGAUUGAUCCCAAUAUUAGAAAGAUGAUGAUUUCUUUGCUUUCUAAGCUAGAGCAGUCAACUAGGGGCAAUCAGGAUAAAUAUGGCAUCAUGAAGUUAAAACGGGCUUCCGAGAAGCCAGAAUUCAUAAAUAGGUUUCCAGUUCCAUUGACUCUUGAUAUCAUUGAUCAAAGGGUAAAGAAGUUCUAUUACAGAAGUUUUGAAGCGCUGAAGCAUGAUAUCACAGUGAUGCUAUCAAACGGUCAAGCCUUUUUUCUUAAUCAUGCAAACAUGUCAGCAAAACUGCAGCAUCUUUCAGAGUGGUUUGAUAGAAAAUUGUCGACGUUAAGAUGAAAACAGGAAAUAUUUUGUACCUUAGGAACAUAUUUUAAACCGUCAAAAAUAUAGACAUGUAACACCAUCAUAGAUAGGUAUACAUCCAUUUUUUUAGGCUGAAUCUGCCUUACGCUCAGUUUUUAACUUUGCCGAAAGCAAACAAAAUGUAUUCCACCAGUACAAACUAAUCAAUAUUAAUCUACAGUUUUCAUUA